AUGUCAUUUUUCUCGGACGAGCAACUUCCGCACUCGAGCGCUCCUCCAUCUGCACAGCCUCACAGGUCACUGUUCGGCGGCUCGAGCCAGGAUGUUGGCGAUCAGGAACGGCUGUCGCGUUUUCGCAGUGAUGAGUUCUUAGGUUAUACUGAUGUCGGCGCUAGCGCCAGUGGUGGCCUGGAGACAGCAGAUGAGGGAUUUGACGACGACCAAGCGUAUAUAAGCGAGAUUGAGGCGCUUGAUUUACCACAAGAUGACAACUCGUCAUUGCCAGGCCGAGCAGACAUCUAUGUGAGAUCUAAUGCUUUAUUAAAUCCAGAACAUGCAAAGAGUUCUCAAUCGCCUCCUCCAUACCGCCCAAAUAGGUUUCAAGGCUCUGUAUACAUGUGGCUGAAGCUCACACGGGAUGAGAGGGAAAUUGUCCAGGCUUUGGAAGAGACUCGUGCGGGGGACCUAGCAGCCCACCUGUACAAUGCCUUCACUCUUCAGUCACAGGCCGUCGCGAAGCUCGAGAACGUGGAUGGACCUGGAAUUGACACUCUAGGUGACAAAUAUCCGUUGAGGAACCUAGAACAAUGGACUGCCUGGCCAAUGCCCAGUGACGAAGUUCCUCGCCCAGAUGAGCGUCUUCGGCGGAUCGGACAGCGGGUCAGAACUAAUGAAAGGACGUACAAGCUGGGUUCUGAUCCUCGACCAAGUGCCGCGCUUGAGGAGUGCAUUAUAGCGUCUCUACUGAAAGCUGCAAAGGAGAGAUUCCGUGAUAGGGAUUGGGAAGCGUCAACACCCUGGAGAAGUGCAACCUUUGGUCACUUGGAGUUGGAUGACACGAAAGCAAAGAUGGAAGGACGGCUGAAAAUGCGUCGACAGAGUACAGAUACCCAACAGCGUGCUCCUGAGUAUGAAACAGACGAUCGAACGUCAGGCACAGAGUGGGAAACUGAUCAGGAGAGUUCGCGGCCACCUCAACGCCCUACCCCACAGAUUGAUGAGGAUGAGUCGCGACGAAAACUGCGGCCGCUCGCUCGAAAAAUAAUCUCCCAGUUUGAACAGUUACUGAUGGGACUCCAUCGUUUCCACGGAUCGUUAGGCUCUGAAGACCGGUCACGUUCCAGAGGAAGAAAACGCGGACGUAGCUCUUCAUGGGCGUCUGACAGGAGCAGUGUCCGCUCUGGACAUGCGCCGUCAGAAUACGCUUCAGAGGCCGAGAGCAAUCCGGGUUCUCUUGGUGUCCCUUCGCACUCAGCAUCUGCCAGGAAGAAAGGAACAACGUCAGAUCUGGGCAGGAGCCAGUCGAGAGGUCGCAAACCGUUACGAACAGCGUCCCAGCCUAAGCCACGCCGAAACCAAAUCGGAGGGGCGGAGCCAUCAGAACAUCGCUCGGUCUCUAGAUACAAUAACAUCCAAUCAGGUUUAACAGAUUGGAGAGAUGUUUUAGGUGUUGCCUCCAUGGUAGGCUUGCCGUCAGCCGCGCUUCGACGUGCUACGGACAGGUUCUCUGCUCUGUCUAAUGAGUAUACGCUUGAUCCCCCGUUACCCGAAGGUUCAAGCACACACUUUAUGGAGGAUGUACUCAUAUGGGCAUCUGCACGAAACAAUAUAACAGCAGGCCCAGGCGAGGAGGAACAGGGCUCCAACCUGGCGAGCCAGUCACCGUCGCCAAGCACUUAUACCGAAGAACGAUCUACUUCUCCAGACGAUGAAAGGCCUAAAAAGGCAAAGUCCCCCAAAGCAAGUACUGCUGAUAGCGAAAAGACAUUGGUUUGCCCUUUCAGCAAAUGUCCUCGUCAUGAGAAGGGGUUUUCUCGCAUCUGGAAUCUGAAUCAGCACCUCAAAAACAUGCAUCCCAAAUACCAGCCAGAAAUCGGCAGAUCGCGAAAGCGCAGGGCAGUGCAAUCCGGGUGGGACUCGGAUCAAUCAGAAUAA